AUGGAUCAACAGCAACAACAAGCAUCAUCACCAGCCAUAGAUACUACCCUAGAUGUUCAAGAACCUGCUAGUAAAAGGGCUAGAUUAUCAACACCUGAAUCAUCGCAUGCAUCGUCAGAGCUGAACAAUACCACUACUACUGAGAAGAUUGCCUCACCUACUACUGCUACUACAAACGAUUUGACAUCGUCAACAACUCUUGGGCAUGCGGAUUUGCCAAACACAUCAAGUACAAUCGAGCAGCAGCAACAGGAUUUAGACGCCUUCAAUCAAUUGCAGCAAUUGAGUGAGGCUCAUUCACAAUUGGCCCAGGUAGCGGCUGCUGCUGGUUUGAGUGGUGAUAACAAUUUUCAAUUCCUGACAAAUUUUGAAAAUUCUAUUGCUGCAAGUGUCAUGGCUGCUGCUGCUGCUGCAUCAAACAAUGCUACCACCGCAGGUUCAUCGACUGCUGGUAGUGGAGCCAACUCACCAGAUACAACUGCUACUGCAACGACAACGACCACUGCCACCAACACAGGUGCUGCUACACCAAAUCUCCAAUCCAUCAGUCCAAACCUUCCAUCACAAGAAGUGUCAGACCACCAACAGCAGCAACAGCUCAAUAGCUUGAAUGAGUUACCUACCGAAAUAUUGAAGCGUGAGCUGAUGAAUCAAAAGGUUCGAGCCGAUAACAGAGAACGAAAGAAGCGUUGGAGACAACAGAAUGAAGAGAGAAACAAAGAUAACGAUCUUCGCUGUCGAGUCAACAAGAGAGCUCAUAAGUUAUUCGGUAAAGAGGAUAGUGAGCAUAAGAAGAAAUGGAUUGACGAAGAGUUCUUGAAGCGCCAACAAAAGAGAAAGGAUAAGGAGCGUCGAAAGGGAUUAGUAGAUGAUUCAUUGGGUGGACACCACCAUAAUCAUCAUCACCAUUCAGCAGAUGGACAAUUGAACGCUGCUGCUGCUGCUGCUGCUGCUAAUGGGGCUUUGGAUUUAGCUGCACUUGCUCAACAUUUGCAACCACAGCCAUCACUUUCCACACUGACCGAUGCCAACUAUUUAACAUUAUUAUGUAACAAUUUGGGUAUUCCUGCAGCUGCUCGUAGUAUCAUUGGCACUCAUAAUGCUGCUGCUGCUGCUGCUGCCGCUGCUCAACAACAGACAGAUGAGUCUCAUCAACAACAAACAUUAUCCAAUGCUAGUGCUGGUACUAGCAGUUUACACGAUACUGAUAUCAUCAAGCAAGAACCACAAACAACAGGCAAUCUGGGACAGCAAGAGGAAGACGAUAAGAAUCUACAGUCAUUUCCAUUCCAGUUGCUUGAACUCUUGCAACAACUACAACAAUACCAACCUCAACAAACACCACCCACCCACACUGAAUCCACCACCACCACCACCACUACUACUACUACCGCUACACACACUCCUACUCUCACAGCAAUAACAGACCAGCAUCAUGGCAUGGCAGCAGAUACGGCUCCAUCAGAUAAUACAGAUUUCCAACUACAACAACAGUUCAAUGCAGCCAUGUCAGAUAGACCAGAAGAUAAACUAGCUGCAUUACUAGCAUCCACAUUACAAGCAGCGGCUACUGCAGCAUCUCAAGGUAUGAAGGACGAACAUGAUGCAAACCAACCACAAUCGUCUACCUCUGCAGAGACAUCACAACAUACCACUGUAAAUCAACAAGAGGGCGAACAACAGCAGCAACAACUGCAACUGAAUAACAAUGCUGAAUUUCCAAUGGACGCUGUACUCACAUUAAUGCAGUUGAAUGCUGGAUGGAGACAUUGA